AUGAUUAUAACAAAGCAUGCGGCAGAGCUCUGCACUCUGCUCGUAAACGACACAUUCGGCGAACUGCCUUCGCGCAUCAUCGAGGCACUCGUCCAGAGAGGACCUAGCCGUCUCCCACAGCUCUUCGAACGAACCGGCCUUAACCCUCCUCAAGUUCGCCACGGCCUCGCCGUUCUCAUCCAACACAACCUCAUUUACUAUAGCGUCAACAAAGACACGAAAGUUACCACAUACGAGGUAAACGCCGAUGCCUGCUAUAACAUCAUCCGCGUAGGGCGAAUCGUCGAUCUCGUCGGCUACCAGUACGGACGCGCUGAGCAGGAGGUUGUCCGAAACCUGUUCGCUCUAGGACAUGUGCAGAUCGCGGAUCUUGCCCAAGCUUUUGGUACUCAGGGCAAGUCUGCAGCCCAGCCCGCCACGAAUGGCGAUGGCCAUGCGCACGACGAGAACUCGACCAACGGAAAUGGGGUCGUAAGCGCCAACUCGGGACCAGUCAUUAAAUCAGUCUUCCAGCUUCACGAGGUCAUUGGCCGCCUCAUCCAAUACGAGAUACUCGAAGUCGUCGACCCAGAGUCGUUCGCCAACCCGGAAACCGUCUAUACCGAGAUCGAACAAGAAUACACUAAAAAGGCCUCCCAGACCAAGUCAGCUAAGGGCAAGGAGGACCUAGCGCGAGAGAAAGCCGCCGAGCUGCGCGCUGUUAGAGAUCGCGGUAAACGACUCAAGAGAAAGCUUGACGCCGAGGAUGGGUUUCCCAGUGUCAAGAGGAGAAAGCUGGCGAAUGGUGAAGCGAACGGUGCCUUCUCCCCCCCUUCCAAAAGACGAGUCCUCGAUUCAUCCACCGUUGUACGGAUCAAUUACGAAAAGUGUCAAGUCGAUUUGAGGAACGACAGGCUUGGUCGGUUCGCAGCCGACGUUAUCGGCCACACUACCUCCGAAGUUUACAGGGCUCUCCUGCGGCUCGUCACAACAAAACUGUCCCGGUGCAAGGAAGACUCGAGAAUCGAUGGAGCCUACAGCGACAUGUUCGACGAUGGCACCGGAGACAUUAAAGUAACUACUUUGGAGAUUCUAGAGAGCCUUGACCCUUCGAUCAACCUGUCGACCGACAUUGGACGAGUCAGCAAGAGCAGCGUUGAUCCGAAUAUUUCAGAUCGCCUCUUACAACUGGCAGCUAUUGCCGAUACGAAUGGCCUCGAUGCCAACGGCGGAGGUAGCACAGUUAAGGUGGGUCAUAACGGUCACGUUAGCGACGACGAAUUCGACUCGGACGACGACAUACCAACCACCAAACCAGGCUCCACCGAACGAAACGGCGCCAGCAAUGGCCAUGUGAAGUUUGACAAUGUUCAGACUCCCGCCGAACAAAGGGUGGAGCUACUGCGUCGGCACCUCUUUCUCCUAUGCGAAAACAAACAUCAUUUUGCGCGGUAUUGCGGUAUCUUGGGCGAGGGCCAAUGGACCGUUGACUUUGACUUGGUCAUGCAGACGUUGCGGCAAGUCGAGUUGGACUCGAUCAUUGAGCAAACAACUGGCCGACGUGGUCUUCGGUUAACGCGCAUCCUGCGGCAGUUUGGCCGUCUGGACGAAAAGGUUAUAGCCGACAAGGCUCUCAUGAAGAAGCCUAGCCUGCAAGGAAAAAUGGCGGAGCUACAGAAGGCCGGCUUCGUCGAUGUCCAAGAAGUGCCGCGCGACAAUAAUCGUCUUGCCAACAGGACAAUGUUCUUCUGGUACUAUGAUGCCGAUCGGACAUGUCGGCAGCUGCCCGAUAGGAUUUACAAGAUGAUGCUCCGGUGCUUGCAGGUGCUCGAAGUGGAACGACACAAGGUCAAAGACAUUCUCGAGUUUGUGCAUCGAACGGACGUCAAGGGCAAAGAGGAGGAGGUGAUGACUCCCGAAUAUUACGACAAGUACAGCAAACACCUUGAGCUGGAAAGGAAGCUACUUGGGCACGCGAUGAAGCUUGACGACAUCAUCGCGGUACUGAGGGAUUAUUGA